GCCAGGCCCCGGAAGCACUGAAGAGUUACGUGGUUAAUUUCUAAAGGAAGUCCCUGUUUUCUUGUGUAUAGUGUUUGUUUAAAUCCAACUGAACGAGCAGAACCUCUGUAUCCGGAUGAAACCGACUGACUGGACUUUGUUUUGUUCAAAUUCUCUGUCUAUUUUACUCCUGAUUUAUCUGUUGUUAACUCAGUGUUGCUAAUGUUAGCUUAGCUCGCUAACUGCUAACAGACCUGUCAGUGUGUGAUGGAGUCAAACUGUUUCUGACGGAGUUUCUGUGAAGAAAAGGUGAAAAAUGUCCCAAAAAGUGGAGAUUCUGAGAUCGUUUGUGGAGCAGAGACUAACUGCAGCUGCUGAAGAGAUAUUUGGGCUGUUUGAAAGAACCAUAGCAGAGUACGAGGAGGAACUUUGUCGAACUAAAGAAGAAAACCAGAGACAAAGACAAAUACUGGACUGUGUUUGGAAUCCGAGAGUCCUGAUACACAAAACAGAUGUCCAGCAGCUGUCGGUGGUUAAAGAAGAGGUUCCUCCUGAGCAGCAGGAGUGGAAUCCCAUUGUGGACCAGGAGGAAUCAGAACCAGAGACCCCACACAUUAAAGAGGAACAGGAGGAACUGUGGACCAGCCAGGAAGUGAAUAUCACCAGGUUCCCAUCCACUCCUGUCCCUGUGAAGAGUAAAGAUGAUGAUGAGAAGAAAGUUAAGUCCUCACAGCUUAAUCAAACACCAACUGAGGAGUACAAAGAGAAAGCAAAUAAAGUGAACUGUGGAAGAUCAGAACCAGACAUCCUGGUCCACAUGGAGAGCAUAAAGAGAAGAACCUUUGACAGUAAGAGUUUACUGGAGGAACACAUGGACACUUACACAGGACAGAAACUGGGUGGUUCUUCUGAAUGUGAAGCAACAUUUUCUCGGAGGAAAAACACAACACAGAAAACCAACUCACCCAGAGACAUGAUGAAGAAUAAUGAGUUGAGUGUAAGUGAUGUGGGAUAUAAAAAGAAACUGUACCACUGCCCUGUGUGCUCGAAAACAUUCCGCUGGAAGUCACGCUUAGAAAUCCACAUGAUGUCCCACACGGGAGAAAAACCAGUCGCAUGUUCAGUGUGUCACAAAAGUUUUAGAGACAAGAGCAUCAUCAGGAGACACAUGAGAGUCCACACAGGAGAAAGACCAUUUCAUUGUUCUGUUUGUGAGAAAAGAUUUACUUGUAAAUCACACUUAACUGGUCACAUGAGGAUCCACACCGGUGAGAAACCAUUUAGCUGUUCAGAAUGUGGUAAAAGAUUUGGUCAGAAGACAAGUUUGGAGUGUCACAUGAGAUUCCAUACGGGAGAGAAACCUUUCAGCUGUCUAGUUUGUCAGAAACGCUUCAAACAAAAACAGAAUGUUCAGACACAUAUGAAGAUCCACAUGAGAAAAUAGACAGACUGUCACAUUCACAGAAAUCAGACCAACAGAGACUAAACAACAUGAAGAAUAAAGAAACUGAAACAUUUUAGAGGAAAAUCUGCAGAAAUAAUUUCAACUGAGUGGUUUUUUUUUUCUUAUUUUCUAUGUUUAUUUUUUAAUGGUUUUCUCAGUGGUGCCAUUCUGUUUUAUGAAAUGAAUGUUUAAUAAAAUAACAUGUUGUCUCCAUCAUUAGCACAUUCAAUCUAUCUUCCUGGCAGAUAUAACUUCUCCUGACCAUUUGGUCACUCCGAUAUGAACAUCUUAAAUGAUGUACAUUUUUUUGGGACACCCUAUAUAUCCUUCGUCUGUUCGCUUCCCUUUGUAAUUAGAAGAAAAGAAUGAUUUUUUUAUUACUGAGUUCAGCAGUUGAAGAGUCAGACUAACAGGAUCCAAACUGUCACAUCAGCUGAGAACUAGAGGUGAAAGAGGUCAAAGCAACAAAAUAACAAUGUUUAUU